AUGGCCCCUCCAAGAUCAAAACCUCAGCCAGACGAUUCGAGGUCUGAAGCGUCAAGUACGAAGGAGAAGGCCACCACAAGCACUGCGAAUGCCACGAAUGGCAAAGGUCGACGCGUUGCUGGCAAUGCAGCUGGCGGAAGCUCUUUGAGAGAUGUUGUGACUGCAGGGCCUAGUAGCACAGCUGCAGGAGCUUCCAUGACAGCCGUUGCAGAAAACGCUCCCGGUCUUCAAUGGUCUACCUUUGAUGCUGCAGUUCUACACGGUUACCGAUUUGAUUAUCAUUUGAAUACGCCCGCCGCAUUCAACAACCCCUACAAUCAACUUGUUCUCUCCCGAUCUCCUAUUGGUCAUAUGUCACCUUCAAUGUCACGUCGGAAAGAGCAGCGCAGGCAGAGCAAGGAACAGUUAGCGAAUACCGUAAGAAAGCACUUCAACAGUAUGGGUAUCGCCGAGAAUGAAGUCGUUGUGGACUUUCUGUACAAGGUUCGAUGGCAGGACAAGAAUUUUCGUAUGAGAUUCUAUCCCCAGCGACCUCGAUGA